AUUUUUUUCUUAAAUUUUAAUGAGUUUAAAGAGCUGAGAUCAACUUAGCCAAGUGAUUAAGAGAUCCUUCGUCACCCGAUCGUAACAUAGGAUGCUUGUGGUUGUUUUUGACUUUUUUUAAAGUUUUUUACUUAACCUCCCGAUGAGAGCUGAGAGUUGAGGCGCAGUGGCACUUGCAGGAGGCGGAGGAUCGCUUCUUUCUCUUCCAUUUCAAAACAACACCAACUCCUCCAGAGUAAUCAGCCCUACCAUCCAUCUUUUCUCUCAGUCUUACGCUACGAGUUCAUUCACCUUCUGGUUUUCCCCCUACUCCUUUGAUCUUCCCUUCCUUGACUACAGUUGAAGAGGAGGAUAUUUGGUUGAUCGGUGUUCUCUCCUCCACUUGGAAUUCCGCUCAAUUAAUGGCUGCUCUGUCUCGAGGGCUUAUGCGCUUCAUACCUGUCCACCGCCAGCUACGGUUCUCCUACUAGGAACGAUUGAGGAUAAGAGGAGACUAUUUUCAUAAAAAUACAAAAAAUCGACUGCUGGGACGCCUGGUUCCUACUGGGAUCAUGAUUUGUUUAUUGCUUUCUAGCUGCUAAAGAUUGCAACAAAUAUAGCAGCUGCUGCUGCUUGCUGGCUUGUUGCAUAUCCACCACCAUGGAUUUACACGGCAUGGCUCCUCAUUCUGAAUCGGGAAAGCUGGAACAGGUGGUCUCACAGUUCCUUUUGAAGAGCUUGCACAUUAUACUGGACUCUCGGAUCCCAUCUCUUCAUCCGCGUGACCCGACAUGUGAUUCACGGGUCAGGAAGAGUGACAAAUGGUUCAAUCUGGUACUGGGGGAUCGCCCAGCUGCACUGGAUAACUUGAACUUCUGGCAUAGGAAUUUGAUGGAUCCAAUGAUCAUUGACAUUAUACUUGUUCAGCAAGGGACAGCAAUAUCUACAUCUGUGGGCAAUUUGCUUUCUGGUUCACCUGGAAGGACAGCUACAGAAACGGUCAUAGAGAGGUGGCUCGUCCAGUUUGAGUCACCCCCCAGGGGUAUUGCUUCUCAACCCAGUGAGGGUUCUGCUGCCUCUUACAAGAAGACAUAUAAGAAGUCAAUCAUAUUCUUACGUUCCCUAUACUUGCAAACGAGGCUUCUUCCAGCAUACCGAAUCUUUAAACAGCUUAGCUCAUCUAGCCAACCUUUUAACUUCGAUAUCAUUUACAAGGUUUCAUCUUUCUCCGAACCAUUCUCUAGGGUGGAGGAGGAAAUGAUGAAGGAAUAUCGGUUUGUUCCUAUUGAAGCCCUUCCUGGCAGGCUACAUGUAUCAGUGACUUACCGCCCACAACUUUCUGAGUUUAACCUUCAGCCUUUGACCACCAUGCCUCCCAAAAUCAUAUCCGAUUAUGUUGGUAGCCCUGCAACCGACCCUCUGAGGUACUUUCCCUCUUCAUACAAAGGAGAUCGUGCCAUAUCUUUCCCAUCUAAAGUAAUGCACAGCCCUACUUCUGUACCUUUUCAACGGCCGCAUAGCUGGACAAGUGGUUUCCAUAAACCGGUUGUCAACCAUCAUCUUGCAGGGUCACCAACAGUGUACCGCACAUCCCAAAUGUCAUAUGAUUCACCAUCCCCACCCAUGGAAAGGAUCCAAAACCAUAGACGACCAUUGCAUCAAAGGGCUCCCUUCUAUGAUGAAUGCCAGCUUUCUCCUCCCUUUUCACCAUCUGUCUCCCCUUCUACUCCAACUUACUUAAGAAACAGUGAAAGUCCUAGGCAAACUCGUGCUAGUUCUGAAACUGCACCUGUGACUAUUCCAUCCCCGAUAUCAGGCAGAAGUUCUAGAUACAUCUCUCCCAACUUUUCUGAUCCGAGUAAACUUUCCCUUCCUCCUUUAUCUCCUAGAAGCACACGGCUUGAUAAUUCAUCAAAUGAAUCGCCAUCUGGGAUGAGGUUAAUUAAGAAACCAGAAGCUUCAAGGGCCGAUUUGGGCUCUGCUGGUCAGAAGGUGCUCAAAGAUAACAAAGAUGAUUCAGGACGGUUUUCUGGACUAUUAUCUUCCAGGAGUUCUAGUAAAUUGUCCUUCCAAGACGAUAUAGAUGAUUGUGACUUUUCAUGUCCUUUUGAUGUAGAUGAUGUUGACCCACCAGACUCCCGAAUCAGUCAGAACGUUGACUGGAAGAGAAACUUGGAAUCAACGUCGAUGGGUAGGAAAUCACAAGAUGCAGCAGUUGGUGUCCUUGUUCACAUGUUGAGGACUGCACCUCCACUGCGCCAAGAUUCCAGCUGUUACUCGUCCCGUUCCUUGAGAGCUGAAGUAGAGAAUGAUGGGGUUGCUACUACAGCUUCUGGGUUCUUUAUGCCUCGAAGAACGUCUGAUGCCUUAGAAGAGCUGAGGAGUUACAGGGAGAUGAAGGACCUGUUACUGUCUAAGAGUGGAACUCGGGUGCUAACCAGAGAACCACCAUGAGAAAUUGUACUGAUUCCGGUUCAUAUAAAUUAUUGACUCGCGUGUGGCAUGCUGCCUGUGGUUCUACGGGCAAUGCCAUUCUUUUCAGUUAUUCGGACCUUGCCCCUUGAAACCAUUGCCAUUCUUUUCAGUUAUUCGGACCUUGCCCCUUGAAACCAUUGAUAAUUUGCAACAGUGAAAGCAAAUAUAUUAAAAGUAUAACUGCACAAAACAACUUGCACUGUGCAUCUAGACUGCUUUAUACUGCUCAUUUAGACCUAAUUUUCCUGUUCAUUGGGUUCCGAUUGGUUGUUGCUCU